ACCCUGCGAUUAAUCACCCGCUUCCUCGGAGUUGUUAUGUUUCAAUCUUCGAGACGCGGGGAAAAAAGAUUGAAUUAACGUGACGUGACGUGACGUAAUCAAGCGCGUUUUGGUGGGAGGAAACGGAAUUUCUGGUUCUUAAGAACCGAAUUCGGUUCUUUUACGUCACGUCAAUUCAGCCUUUUUCUCUAUGGAGAUUUGAAAAAUACACCCAUAUCAAUGAAUUUUUUUUUUUCUUUAAAUCGACACGUCAAAUAUAAUAAAGCCCUAAAGGACAUUAUAUAGACCUAAGGGUGAAAUGUGUCACCUUUAGUUGGAAAUAUCUCAGCUCGAAUGGUCAAUUGUUUUCGAGCUUUUUACAGAUACGUAGAUAGUACAGUGUACAGAUGUAUAUAUAAUAUUUCCAUUAAUAUGCAGUUAAAAUUAAAAAACGAUCGAUUCUUCACUCGCGCGGGUUGUAUUCGCCGCUCUGAAUCGUCGAGUGAAUAUUUCCAUUUGAAACUGAAGAAUAAAUCCGUUAUACUUCAAUCGACUGAAACACACUCUCUCUCUCUCCAAGAUGAAGUUGGAAUCCGCUCUAAGCUCGAGUGAAAUAUUCACUCUCACGAUUUCGAGUGCCAAUAUUUCCAUUACCGCUUCGAGCGAAGACACACGCUGCCAUUUUUCGCUUGUUUUGAGCUGAGUUUUCGCUCCGGGAAAUUUCGGGGGCCAAAAGGGCUUGUGUUAGCCCCGCGUAAGCUCCGAAAAGCUGCCAUACGCAACCACGCGAAGCGUAUACAGGUGAGGUGGCCAAAAAUAAGAUAACUCUAAUUUUAUCGGCUCUCAGUGUUCCUCACGGCGAUUUCGGAUUCUCCGUAUUCACGUUUGCCGAUCCAGACUUUACAGGCAUUUACCACGCUCUCUCGGCAGCGUGGGCGCUCCUCAGAUCAGCUCCGAUAGGCUCGAAUAAUAAAUGCGCGCCGAUAAAGCGCGGCCAGAUUCUCCUCCUGCACGACACGAUUUUUGCGUCGGCGCUGAAUAUUUUCGUUUCUCCGGUUUUUAUCGUUUUACGCGCGUCUCGAGGUAUGAAAGUAACGGACAGUAGCGACGGCGGGUGUGUUUUCCCCGGCCGAGAGAGAAUUCUCGAGGCGUUCGCCUCGCUCGCAACCUCCGUCGAAUUCUUGGGCAGUGACUCGCGACGCUCGCUCGCGGAAGUCUAUGACGAAAUGCAGCGGGGAAGGUUUCUCACCGCGCGUUGUUCCUCAUUAUCCGGUUAUUAUGCGGAAAACGCAGUCUCCGGUCGCCCAUCUCGUCCGCCUUGACGCAAUGAUUGCGUGCGCGCCGUGAAAUCGGUCGUUAACUCCGGAGAGACCCGAGAAAGAGAGAGAGAGAGAGAGAGAGAGAGACCGGCUUGGUGAUAACGCGCGCAGUUCGCGUAAUCCCCUUUCAAUUGAUACGUUUAUACGGGCGGAAAUGGUCGUCAACAUCUCGGAGUUUCUCGCGCGAACUUGCUAAUUACAUCGCGCGCGGUUAUCGGCAGGGCCGUAAAGUAUCACGCGCUGGAAGAAGAGGCGCGUAACGAGCGGGAGGGCGAGCGGGAAAGGUUCGAGUCGAGCCAAGAAAUAGUAAUGAGAAAGAAUAGUCGGGGAAGAAUGAAACAGGCCGGUCAUGAGCUAAGUCAAACGCUGAGUGUCAGUCGUCCAAGUGGUUGUUGAGGUUCGGUCAAACGUUUAGCUGAUUCUUAGAAGGAGGUGCUGUUCUAGCACGAGCUCUUGACUUUUGGCUUUCGAGAUGAGACUUUUCGAGCCCGGAAUGAAGGAUGACGAGGGGGAUUAAGAAACGAAUGGAACGAGCGAAACGUUCAGCUGAUUUCUAGAAAGUACCGUUCGGUAUUUAGCGUAUUAACCUUUAGCUUGAGAGAUUUAGAGUUGAGGAGAGUUCACGAGAGUCGAAGUAAUUAUUGAAGUUCGGAGCGGUCCGAGUUUGAACCAGUUUCAAUCGCUCGCAAUUAAUAUCUUACGUCGGUUUUUACUGACUUGUAGGUUCUUUCUCGACCGCGCCUCUGAGAGAGCCUCGAUAGUUUAAUAGAAAGAAUAAUCCCCGCCGAGCGAUCUCCGGCCCGAUCGCGAAAUAAUCGCGGCCGGAUUAUCCAUUGUGCAAAUUCUCCCCCGAUUGCGAGACAUUUUCGCAAAAUUGAAACUCCGCGAGAUCGCAGAUACGGCUAUACAUAUUUUCCCACGCUCCUCCGCGAUAUCGCGCGAUCCAUCACGGUGUUUCUUCGCACCCGCGGCACGAUGACCGAGACGAAAGGACGUGCAACACCAAUGGAAUGAAUUAACCGAAUUUGUGUUGCAAAACGGGCGAUUGGCGCGCGUCCAAAACCACGAAAGAAUUGGGUCGCCGCUUGUAACCACGCGUCGUGUUGCACGAGAGAGAAAGGGAGAGAGAGAAAGAGAGAGAAGAAGAAGAAGAGAGGAAUCCUCUCUUCUCGCGAUCGCGUAGAUUCUCAUUGGAGCGACGUUGGAGUGAUCGCAUUCGUGUAACACUUCGACGUGUAAUUCCACCGAACAUCGAAGUGCAAUAUGUCGCGCGAAAGUGCGCCGAAAAUACACCCGAGUCGAAUUCGGUCAGAGGUGGAAGCGUCCUACCGCGGUCGGUCGAUAAAACCGAAGGAAGAGUCGUGGUCGAUCGCGAAUUGUGGAUGUUAAUUUUUACCCUUCGCUGCAUAAUCGUAAUGCCGCACGAUCGACCACACCCAGCGAUGUAGCAUAUACCGAGGCGAAGAGAAGGAAAAAAGAGCCGGAGAAAAAUGGUGUAUAACGACGAGGAAUUCCGCAUUCGCGAGUAUCGCCAAGUUGCGUCUCCGCACGCACGCGAGUCUCGUCGAUCGCGAUGGUUAACGUCGCUGUUAAAUCCCGGCCUGCGGAACGUCUCGUUCCGAAUAGCCGAUGCCGAGAACGUCGGAAUUAAUUUCCCAUCGCGAAUGCCAAAGACAGUUGAGCAGAAUACUGGACGACAUGGGCGAGGCGUCGGCGAGGGCUCAGGGCCUCAACAAACCCAUUACCAGCGCCCUUAAGCUCCGCGACACGGACCACACGGUUUACCUGCUCGUAGACAACGAGGCGAACAACGGUCUGGGUUGCGUGGUGGGCUUGUUGAAGACGGGAUCGAAGAAUCUGUUCCUCUUCGACGAGACGGGGGUGCAUUAUCAGCUGCAGGCGAGGUGCAUCUUGGACUUUUACGUGCACGAGUCGCGACAACGCAUGGGCCUCGGCAACAUUCUCUACCAGCACAUGUUGUCCGAGGAGAAUAUUAGGCCGGUGAAAUUGGCCAUCGACCGACCGUCGGAGAAGUUCCUGGCUUUCCUGCGCAAGUAUUACGGGCUCUCGAAGAUCAUUCCGCAGAAUAAUAAAUUCGUCGUCUUCGAGGGAUUCUUUGAUGACGAGAGUCGAGAUGUGAGGAGCAACAGAUACAGUCUACCUCCCCGCUUGGACGACGGGACGCCGAGCAGCAAUAACAACAACAAUAGCAUUAACGGCGCCAGGUUCAACGGGGACCCGUACGUGCCGUCGGUUUCGCGCAGCUCGUUCGGCAGAUACGCCGCCGCGCGACCGCCUUGUUCCAUGGCAAACAUAAUCCAUAACACAGCGAUGCUUGGUCAAUCAGCCGAGCGCACUGGCGACGAGAUUAGCAGCGCGUUUUUGCCGCCGCAGCAACCUCCAUCGGCGGCUCCGUUGAAGCUGGAACGGCCGCGCUCGUUGAGCCUCUACUCCGAAGAGGAGCAAAAGCAACGCAGUAUCGAGAUGACCACCGUGCCGACGCCGGUCGUGCCUGACAGCCAGCCGUUCGUCCCGAUCCUGCUGGAGGCCGAGAAGACGGAGAAGAACGUGAAGCCGUCGCCGUCGUGCGGCCAAGAGGUCACCGGUACCAAUCAACACGGCCACCUGGAUCUCAAGUUCUACCAUUCGCCCUUGUGGUGAAAUCGCUCGUCCGACAUCAUCCCUCCUCCUCGGGCGAGCUGCUGCUCGUUUCACGGACGGGUCGAAUCAAGCCAAGUUAGCGUUACUCCCGGUUGAACUGGCGCUUUUCUUUCCCUCCCUUUAGGCAGAAGUGCGUAAGGCUGCGUUCGGAAAUUUCACCUAGGUGCACCAGGUCGACACGUAUGUUUAAAAGACGUCUUUCAGACUACGUGUUUGGAAAGACAUCAAAGAUUAUUAUGUACUUUAUUAUGACGAAGAUAACCAGUCAAUACCUUUAUAGAAAAAUAUUACUGAUAAUAAUUUUCUAUAAAUGCACGCUAUAAAGAUUUCGGGAGAUCGUACAUUGGCUAGUUAUCUUUUCAAAAGUUAUGUACUGUUCACUCUGUUCUAUCCUGCUUUACUCUUUCAGGGUGGUCUUUCCGAACACGGUCUAAAGCAAGUAAGAGAGAUGUAAGAUGUAUCUCAAAAAAUAGAGAUUUGGCUACCACCAGUAAAAGAGAUGAAGUUGGCAUUAAUUACAAUUACUGAUGCUGUGUUUCAGAUCUCCCACCAGUAAAUCGGUUGUUGACACACAGUUGCUGGAGAUACGAUUGUUAUGUUCAAUGUGAUGUAUUGAACCAAGUGAAUAAAACAGAGACGGUUGGAAUUGGUUGUAUAAAGCGCGGAUAAAGAGACAAACGUAAUUUUGAGUUUAAGAUACCUCUUAAAGCUCGGCUAUCUCUCGGCUCUCUGCUAUAUUAGUUUGUGAAGCCAUAGGCGAAAAAUAACAUGCGGUAAGCUUUUUGCGGCAGUUUUAUUUUCUAGGUUUCAGGAUUACGAAACUGUUAUGUAUUUCAGGGAAACUAAUAAAAUAAAACUAUACACCGUAAAAAACUUAUUGCGUGUCACUUCUCGUCUUCGACGUGACGAAACCCGUCUGAUUGCCGAGGUAGCAGAGUCUUAAAAUGCCUGGUUUCUUAGAUGUUUGAAUAUAAAAAGAACAGUAUAAUUCAUGUACUCGUAUUAAGAGAAAAGGAAUCAUUUUUACUUUAUUUACUCAGUCAUUAUAAGAAUUUCUUAUAGUCAUUUGCUUAUAGAUAGGACGAUGUAUACAUACCCGGUUUCAGAUAUCAACAUUUUAUUUAUUGAUGGAAGAUACGAGACGCAGCAACAGUAAUUUUACACGCUGCCGAUUUCGCCUCUUUUGCUGGUGUGAACUUAGAUGAACCUUUUUACAAACACACCCGUAAUCGCUAACUCAGGAUGAAAACAUUCGCGGACCAUUCCGUGCUGGGCAGCGAUCUGGUGUAAAUUUUUCCUAAAUGCGAAAACGUGAAGGGUUUCACGUGAACUCAAUGACUUGAAUGAUCAUGUGACUUGUUGAACAAUGGAAAUGUGAAACUUUUCACGCGUUCCUGUCUCUAAGGUGAAGUUACAUGAUCGUCGCCUUGGGGGAGCGGACAGACGCGAGUCUUUUUUUGUAUCGUAAACACGGGAAAAGUCAAUAUUUUCGCAAACGCAUAGAAGUUGGAAAAUUUUCAUUUUUCGCGAGUCCGCAUCAGAGGAAAAUAUUCAUGAUCGGACCCCUGAUCGGGAUCCGGAGAAAAUGCGUCAUCAUGUCUCGAUUUCGACACCCUUCUCGCCGUGGGAAGAGGCAACGACGUUAUGUCGCGAGAAAUUAAACAUGAGUCGAAGGGAAUUGAAGUCGAGUUCGUUGUUGCAAGCUACUGUUUCUUCAUUUCCUUGUGUUCCUAAUCCUGGCAGGAUUAUUCCUUCGAUUCUCUGUGUGGGAAAGAAACGCGUAGUGAUUUAAUCCCCCCCUCUACAACAUCAUGCAUCCAAGACCCGUAUUAAUAGUUGAUAAUUGAAAUUUAUUUUACAUGAAAUAUUCAGAUAUGAAUAUAAAAUUAUAUAUAUGAAUCUUUCAGCUGAGUUACGAUUACAAAUGUUAUCGUAAUAUUAUAUGAGAUUCAAAUAAAAUACUCAGAUCUAACUCUCUUAUUCGGAUCUGGUUAUCUCACGUGAGGCAAAUUUCAAGUAACGACUAUUAACAUAGACGCAAAAAACGUUUCAAAGACAUCUAAGAGAAGUCCUGCUCUUUGUUCAGAGGUCUUUCAGAUGUCUCUAAGACGUAUUUCAGACAUAUGAGCUGUCUGUGUCGUUGAUAAAAUGCAGUUGUUUUAUUCUUUGUUGUUCCAAGGUGGGAAAACCGAAAUGCGUUUUGCAACCAAAGACAUGAAAAAAUGUGAAAAAGCUAUCAAACGAAAAGACAUCCGAUUAUCUUACGAGUUAUUUCUGAUUUCGAAGAUUUGAUAAUUUACUCUCACAGAUCGAAUACCUGCGUUGAAACUUUGUAAUCCAUUUGGGUGAAUGCGUGCAUGCGUGCGUAUAUAUGUGUGUGUGUGUGUAUGUGUGUGUGCGGAUAAACUUAUGUCAGAGUAUAUUUACCACACAUGGCUGGAAUGGAUCACAUAUUCAUAUCUGUUCGAGGAAUAAAUUAAUAAAUAUGAACGAAUAAAAAACCAGCGCGGAGAAACGAUGAA